AUGCAGCUCCCGAGCUACUUUGGUGCCCAGCGCAAAGGCGAGACGCACGAGCUCCGUGCCGACUUGAAUAGCGAGUACCGCGAUCGCCGGAAAGAUGCGAUCAAGCGGGUGAUCGCGAAUAUGACCGUCGGCAAAGACGUGUCUGCCCUGUUCCCCGACGUGCUCAAAAACAUGCAGACCGAGGACCUCGAGCAGAAAAAGCUCGUGUACUUGUACCUGAUGAACUAUGCCAAGACGCAGCCUGAACUUGUGAUUCUCGCCGUCAACACGUUUGUCAAAGAUACCGAGGAUCCCAACCCGCUCGUCCGUGCGCUGGCCAUUCGAACGAUGGGAUGCCUGCGUGCUGAGAAGAUUAUCGACUACUUGUCCGUGCCUCUUGACCGCCUGCUCAAUGACGAGAGUCCGUACGUGCGCAAGACAGCCGUGUUGUGCGUUGCGAAGCUGUUCAGCCUCAAAGCCGAGCUCGCGAUCGAGGGUGGCUUUGUCGAUCGUGUCAAGGACAUGAUCUCGGACAACAAUCCCAUGGUCGUGGCCAACGCCAUCGCGGCGCUCACAGAUAUCCACGAGGUGGCGCAGCUCACCGACGGCGGCCGGCAUGCCUCGUUUGUGCUGAAUUCGGACGUGCUCAUGAAGCUGCUGGUAGCGCUGAACGAGUGCACAGAAUGGGGCCGUAUUGCGAUCCUCCAUACCCUUGCGACGUACCGAAGUGCCGAUGAGCGCGAGUCCGAGCACAUAUGCGAGCGUGUCAUGCCACAGUUCCAGCAUGCCAACGGCGCUGUCGUCCUCGGCGCCGUCAAGGUCGUGUUGGUGCACAUGGAGUCGACGGGCAAGCCCGAGUUUGUCCAGCAGCUCGUGCGAAAGAUGGCUCCGCCGCUCGUCACGCUCGUCACGAGCGAACCCGAGGUGCAGUGGGUCGCGCUGCGCAACAUCAAUCUGAUCCUGCAAAAGUACCCGGACAUUUUGUCCAACGAGAUGCGCGUCUUUUUCUGCAAGUACAAUGACCCGCCGUAUGUCAAGACCGAGAAAGUGGAUGUCAUGAUCCGGCUGGCGAAUGAAAGCAAUGUGGAUAUGCUGCUGAGCGAGCUGAAGGAGUACGCCUCCGAGGUCGACGUGGACUUUGUGCGCCGCGCCAUCCGCGCGAUUGGCCAGUGUGCGAUUGCGAUCGAGGCGGCCGCCGAGCGCUGUGUCUAUGUGCUGCUCGAGCUGAUCCAUACGCGCGCGAGUUAUGUCGUGCAGGAGGCGACGGUCGUGGUCAAGGACAUUUUCCGCAAGUACCCGCACCAGUACACAAAGAUCAUCCCGCAGCUGUGUGCGAAUAUGGACGAGAUGGACGAGCCUGAAGCCAAGGCAUCGCUUGUGUGGAUUCUCGGCGAGUACGCCGAGCAGAUCGACAACGCCGCCGAGCAGCUCGCCCUGUUUGCGGAGCAGUUUGUCGACGACGAGCCAGACGUGCAGUUCCAAACGCUCUCCGCCAUCGUGAAGCUCUUCCUCAAAAAGCCCGACUCGCCACUCGCACAGCGCACCGUCCAAGACGUGUUGGAAAAAGCCACGACCAAGUGCAGCAACGCCGAUCUGCGCGAUCGCGCCUUUGUGUACUGGCGCCUGCUCUCGAGCUCUGAUGCCGAUGCUGCGCGUGCCGUCGUCCUUGUCCCCGCGCCCCUCAUUUCCAUCCCCCUCACGACCGUGCCGCGCUCGCUCUUGCACGAGCUGAUCCGCGAGGUGUCCCUGCUCUCGAGCGUCUACCACAAACCCGCCUCGACAUUCAUCGGGCAUGGCCGUGUGGGCAUGCAGUCUCUCCGGGCGCUCUCAGAUGACGAGGCCGCACGGACGCGCGCUAUUGCCACCGUGGCGCAGGGCGAGAAGAGCGAAGCGCUCUUGGAUCUCGGCGCGGACGACGCCCCUGCCGCUACCGCGACGCAUGCGGCGGCUCAGAGCCUCGGCAGCCUGGGCGACCUGCUCGGCGACGACGCCUUUUCGACGCCGGCCAUGACGUCCUCGGCGCAGAGCGCGCCUUCAGGCGGGAAUGCCAUGGAUGACCUGCUCGGCAUCUUUGACGCGCCCUCCGCGACGCCAGCGGCCCCGUCAGCCGCGCCGUCAGGCGAUUUGCUCGGUCUCUGA